AUGUCUCCCAGAACUUCAGACAUCGAAGCCGGCGAUAUCGACAAAGCAAACAUCAACAAUAUCGAAGUCAUCGCCAAUGCCGACAAGCCAAACGCCCAGAAAGAAGCCCCAGCGUCGGUGGCCACUCUCACGCCCGAAGAACGCACGAAGGCAGAAAAAGCCCUCGUCCGCAAGAUUGACAUCCGCCUCUUACCUAUGAUCAUCCUCAUGUACAUCCUCAACUACCUCGACCGAAACAACAUCGCCUCAGCCCGCCUAGCAGGCCUCGAAGAAGACCUAGGACUAGUUGGAAACCAAUUCGCAACCUGUGUCAGCAUCCUCUUUGUCGGAUACCUGCUAAUGCAGAUCCCCUCCAACCUAAUGCUAAACAAAUUCGGCAAACCAGCCCUCUACCUACCCGCCGCAAUGGUGCUCUGGGGAAUAAUCUCAACAGCCACAGCAGCAGCCUCAAGCUACGCGGGCCUCGUCGUAAUCCGAUUCUUCCUCGGUUUCGUCGAAGCAGCCUACUUCCCAGGCUGUCUCUACUUCUUAAGUGCCUGGUACACCCGCAAAGAACUAGGAUUCCGCACAGCAGCCCUAUACUCCGGUUCCCUGCUCUCAGGUGCAUUCUCUGGCCUGAUAGCAGCAGGAAUAACAAGAAACAUGGACAACGUGCUCGGCCUACGCGCCUGGCGCUGGCUCUUUAUAAUUGAAGGCGCAAUCACAAUCGUCGUCGCCGUCGCCGCCGUCUUCGUCCUCCCAAAUUUCCCACGCACAACAGGCUGGCUCACGGAAGAAGAAAAAGAACUCGCCGUCUGGCGCUUGGAAGAAGAUAUCGGUGAAGACGACUGGGUCGAUAGCGAACAACAAACCUUCCUCCACGGCGCCAAACUCGCCUUCGCGGAUAUCAAAACCUGGGUCUUGAUGCUGAUGAUCCUGUGCAUCGUCUCCUCAGCCUCAGUAACAAACUUCUUCCCGACUGUCGUCGAGACACUAAAUUACGGAAAAAUCGAGACCCUCCUCCUCACAGCCCCGCCAUACUGUCUCGCUGUCUUCUGCGCGUUCGCUAAUGCCUGGCAUGCGGAUCGGACCGGCGAGCGCUAUUUCCAUGUUACAUUGCCUCUAUACCUCUCCGUCGUGGCAUUCAUCAUCGCAGCUACAACGACCGGUACGGCGCCGCGCUAUGUUUCGAUGAUGCUUAUGGUUCCAUCGUUCUAUUCCGGUUAUGUUGUUGCGCUGGGUUGGAUUUCGAAUACUUUGCCUCGUCCAGCGGCGAAACGUGCUGCUGCGCUCGCUGCUAUUAACUGCGUUAGUAAUGCUAGCAGUAUUUAUGCUAGCUAUAUGUAUCCCAAUAGUGAUAAGCCGCGUUUUGUGCCUGCUAUGUCUGUUAAUUGUGCGACGGCUUUUAUUGCGAUUGUUGCGGCUACCGUUCUGCGGUUCAUGCUGGUUCGUCUUAAUAACAAGCUUGAUCGUGGCGAGGAGGUUGAGGGGGCGGUCCCUGGCGAGGGAAGUCGUCGUGGGUUCCGGUUCUUGGUAUAA